GCAGUAAUGGAUACAAAUAUGAGGCAUGUGAUAAACUGUCCAACCUGCAGUUCCAACCAGCAGGUUCUUAAAGAUCGUGCUUAUAAAGAUCUGGAGCAGAAGUGUGAGGAACUAAGACACGAAGCAGAAAUUAACAAGAAGAAGCUAGAGGACUUCAAAGAAAGGAUGUCAAUUGAGGCAUCUGCUGAAAUGGGAUGCACCAGUGAAAUAUUUGAAGAUAUAAAUAAUCCUUGCAGAGAGUCUGAGCUAAGAAAGCGUUAUGAAAUUUUAAGAAUUAGUCUGUGGCCAAAGUGCCUUAGGACAAUUAGAGAAAAUGUAAAAAAGAGAAGAGGAGAAACUGCUGAUGAAAAGAAAGAAAAAGAAACAGUAGAAAGAAUGAUAAAGAACACUUUUGACAAGGCAUUAACUGAUAUGAAGAAAAAGAAAGAUUCAUUGCAAACUUUUUUCAAAAUAAGUGAUAGAGAGAAAUCUGUCACCAACAAAAAGCAACUGAAGUGCAUGGACAUGGCUGUUCAAAAUCUACAAAUGAUGAUACUGUAUGAAAACUUUACACAUUACCAGGAUAUAAAUGAGGAACUUGGACACAAUGAACCAGACUACCUGUGUGAACUCGCUGAUGAGUGCUACAAGCAGGGCUGCCUGAUGGCUUUACAUAAUCCACCUUUGACUCUUGAUUGGAGCAACAAAGAAAAACAUUGUGGAUGCCCCUUCCCACCUAUAAAAUUAGAUUAAGGUA